UGAUUACGAAGGAUGAUUACGAAAUUAAAUUUAAUGUAGUUUCUCUUUUUCAAGAAAAUGAUGUGAAGAAGGCUUCCAGAAGUCAUUUGCAAUAACAAAUCUUCGUUACCAAUGCCACAUCAAAUUAUGGUAUGUCCUGCUUUACUCCAUUUGCGUUGACUUGUAUUCACAAUGCCAUCAGUUGCUGCUGAAUUUGUUCUUAUGUGGACAUGGGGAUAAAAUGCACACCAGCAGUCCUGAAUAAUACAUCAUGGCCUGUUGCAGCUGUGUAUGGAUAUUUCCACAGACUCCAGAUUACCAAGAAAAUCACCACAGAGAUGUCCUACAGUUUGUAGGCAGACUUCCAAGCACAUCUGACCAUAGAUGCCAGCCCUGUGUAAACCACUAUGUAGUUUAAUUCCUAGCAAACAUGUAGCCCAAGGACCCACAUAUUUUCAACAGCAAUGUGAACUGGCAGCAUGAUUUAUUUGCGUGUCUCUAGAAAUAAUUUAAAUAAAGGUGUCAGCAAAAUCCUUAGCCCAGGCUUUUUCAACUACUGCAGAACAUCUAGAGUUAUAGACUUCAUGGCGUUCUAUAAAUGCCUCAUAAACGUGGUCAGUCUUUCUGAGAGACAGAAUGUAAAAGUGUCACCUACCUACUUUGUCCACAUUCAAAAAUGCCGAUCCUGCGCAGUGCUGGUGGUUGAGAUGCUGCCUUUGUGACUAAGCAGCUUCCUCUCCAUCUUACUGGUGGAGUCAAGCAUGGUGGGCUUGAAAUCAGAGCAGUUUCCUUGGCAACAAUGCCAAUGUGGCAGGUUGCCGGUGGAUUUUUAUCUGUUAAAUUCAAUGCCAAACAACUGAUUGUAGGUUUAAGAUGGUGAAGUUCAGCUGAAGUUCAAACAUUGUUUCAGCUUAUUGUCCAGGUAACUAGCUUCUUGUCCAGGUAACCAGUAUGACGAUAGAUUAGUAACAAGUUGCUUAACUCAGUAAGUUUUGAGUACAGGGGCUAUUGGUAAAAUCUGUGUCAUUUAACGGUAUGUAUGUUUAACGGAAUUUAUAUGUGGCUAAUCUGCAUUUAAGCAGUAAACCAAAACUUGGUGCUUUUUAAAACGGUGCCAGCGUUGAACUACCAUUGACUCAGGUGGCUGUUAAAGAUUGGAUAUUUACUCUAGUUUCUGAAUGAGGCAGCCAAAAGUAUUCACAUUCACAUUCAACACGCUUGUUACAGACUUGUACAGACAGAAAACUAUGAGCUCCAGCUCUCUGUUCUCUGCCUGACUUCUCAACUACAUUAGAUAGCCCACAUGUACGUUUGAAUGAAAUUCAUGUCAAGAGGUUUAAAAAAAAGGCGAAAGGGGUGGAGUGAUUAAAAUUCUCGUGCUGCUGAGGGUUAGUGGAGGAGGGGAAUCCUUAUAAAUGCAAGCAAAACAAGCACUUUGACUGGAGAGACAAGAAAGACAAUUUCAUUCAGCAAAGAAAAUGCUUCACUAAAAGGAGUAAUGGGGCAGAAAUGCAUUUAUUAUUUCUCUUAUCUAUAGGCUUUAUAUCUGGAAGAAACUAUUGAAUUUCCAGCUGAUCUGGAUUCUUUUUUAAACUUGCCAAAUCUGUCACAAGGGUGUCAGGCAUUUCAUACUUUACUUCUACAAAGCUAUAGAAACCUCCAAGAGAGUUGGAUUUAACAAAAGUCUAGAGCGCUACAAUUUUUUGAAAAAGGGACCCAGGAAUUGUGAGAAAAUGCUACAGACCUUGUUAAACUUUUUCUAACAUUGUCCUUUAUCCUUCUAUCCUGAAAUUAUGUUUAAAGGACAGUGAACUGUGCUUUACAGUUAGGCAAAAAAGACAGAGAUUAUGACAGUCUCAUCUCUUCUUGUAGUGAUCCUCAGUAUUACUUUGCCUCCUCUCUCUCUUUGCUUGGACUGGAGAUGUUUGGAUGAUUACUAUUUAGCUGAUGAUAACUUCACAUGUGCUCCUCCUCCACCUUACCUGAUCUUCAGCCAUGGUAAUGCAAUAUUCAAGAUUGACAGAGAAGGGACAAACCACCAGAGGAUUGUGACAAACUCCGGGCUCUCAGUUCUCUUGGAUUUCCACUACAGGAAUGGAGAGAUCUACUGGGCAGAUACUGAGAGAGGCCUAUUGCAACAGGCCUUCAUAAAUGGCACAGACAGAAAGAUUGUACGGGCUGUGGGGGAAGGUCUCCUGGGCUUUGCUGUGGAUUGGUUGCACAACACAAUCAUCUGGACUAAUCGGAAGAAAGGAACCAUUGAAAUGUCGAACUUACACGGCAAAAAUGCCAAGGUCCUUCUGAAAAAUCUAACCUUUCCCACCUUCAUGGCAGUCGAACCAGAGGAAGGGUACAUGUUUUGGGCUACAGAAGGUUCUGUUCCGAGUAUUCAUCGUGCAAAUCUAAAUGCCACAACAGCCAUCUCCAUUGCCAAGCCCUGGUCCAAAGUGAAGUCUUUGACAUUGGAUCUGAUUGACAAACGACUCUACUGGGUUCAACGUGACACUGAGAAUAUCUCAAGCAGCAUUGGGUCAUGUGACUACACUGGAGGCUCAGCUCAGAUCAUCAAACAUUCGAUACGCCACUGGCCAUUUGGAAUUUCUCUUUUUGAGGAACACAUAUACUACUCAGAUUGGAAGACGGGCACAAUUCGCCGAGCAAACAAGUUCACUGGGAAGGACAUAGUCGUCAUCAACCCUAGACUGUCCUUUCUGCCGCCAGCUGAUGUGAAAGUGGUGCAUCCAUCCCGCCAGCCGACAGCUGGAACAGACCCACAAUUAGCAGAAAAUGAAACAGGAAACGUUUGCAAGAAAAGCUUCAAUGGAACGUGCUGCGAGUGUAAAGAUGGUUAUGUACUCAGUGAUGAUCAGAAAUCAUGUCGAGAUGUCAACGAAUGUGCCUUUUGGUACCAUGGAUGCACCUUGGGAUGUGAAAAUGUCCCUGGCUCUUAUCAUUGCUUCUGUCCAAAGGGGUUCGCACUGCAGCCCGAUAUGAAAACAUGUCAGGCUCUUAUUCCGUGUUUGGAGAAUCACACUGACUGCAGCCAUGACUGCACACAGACCUCUGAGGGAGCAAUCUGCCUCUGUCCACCAGGAUCUGUUUUAGGAUCAGAUGGCAAAACAUGUUCAGGCUGUAUGUCGCCAGACAAUGGAGGCUGUAGCCAGAUCUGUGUACCACAGGGUGCAACCGCUUGGAAAUGUGAAUGCCUGCCCGGCUAUAAUCUGCAGCUUGACGAACAACACUGCCGUGCUUCAGGUCCCAGCCCAUUCUUGAUAUUUGCAAAUAAUCAUAAUAUGCGGCGCAUAAACUUUGAUGGGACAGAUUAUCAUACUGUGCUGGAAAGACAGAUGGGCCGAGUCUUAGCACUUGAUUAUGAUCCAGUUCAAAGUAAGGUUUAUUUUGCUCGCACAGGCUUGAAACAGAUUGAAGUAACUAAUCUGGAUGGUACUGAGCAUGAGAAACUCAUUAGCAAUGAUGUGGAUUUGCCUGAAGGACUUGCUGUGGACUGGAUUAACCGCAAAUUAUACUGGAUUGACAGAGGGUUAUCGCACAUAGCAAGGAGUGGGCUCGAUGGUACACAGAGAGAAGUGAUUAUCCGUGAGGGUGUCGACAUGCCAAGAGGAAUCACUGUCCAUCCAUUGGUUAGGAAGCUAUUCUGGACUGUGUGUGGAGAUGGACCUAGAAUAGAAAGCUGUUCUCUGGAGGGUGAACAGCGUCUGGUGAUUGUUGGCAGUAAUCUCGUUUGGCCCAGUGGAAUAACCAUAGACUACCUGUCUGACAAGCUGUAUUGGUGUGAUGCCAAACGUUCUGUGAUCGAGAUGUCAGAUCUGAAUGGAUCAAACCGUCGGAUACUUGCACAGAUCGAAGUAGGACGACCAUUUGAUGUAGCCGUAUUUGAAGAUCAUGUCUGGUUUACAGACUGGCGUAAGUCUUCUCUGAUGAGAAUUGACAAGUGGACUGGUCACAACAGAGUGAGACUCCGAGGCAGUAUGCGAAGACCUUCAGCGAUUGUUGUCGUUCACCCAUUAGCCAAGCCAGGUUCUGAUCCUUGCCUGUAUAAGAACGGUGGAUGUGAUCACGUCUGUGAGAAUAGGUAUGGAGCUGCUCACUGCCGAUGCCGCAACAGAUUCCAGAAAAAAGCAAAUGGACGGUCAUGUCAACUUACAAAUGUUUCAACCACCGUAGAUCCCAGGACUACCUUUUCCGCCAAGGUGAAUUUAUCAUCGAACGCCGGAUUACAAGAUGAAAAUCUGUCCAAGUUCGUAGGCAGCUCCUCCAUUACCAGUAUCAUUGAAGAUAGGAAUACUCCUGAACACCUGCCAAAAUCCACCCUUGUGGCAGAGAUUAUGGUAUCAGAUCAAGAUGACUGUGGUGUCUUGGAAUGUGAUCUCAAUGCUCGAUGUAUUGUCUCAGAAGGAAGUGCUAAGUGCCAGUGUUUGGAAGGAUUUGCUCUGCAUGGCAACAAUUGCAAUGAUAUUGAUGAAUGUGCUACUGGCAUGGCACUGUGCAGUGAACAUGGAACAGGCUGUAUUAACACAGAGGGCAGCUUUGUCUGUAAAUGUCAUCCUGGUUAUGGUGGUGAUGGACUCUUCUGUUACGAUAUUAAUGAAUGUAAAACUGGGGUGCAUAGCUGUGAUGAAAAUGCUAUCUGCGCCAAUACAGAUGGAAGUUACACCUGUACAUGUUACGGAGGAUUUAUAGGGACAGGAUAUCAUUGUUUACGUGCGAUCAGCUCUGCGCCGACCACUGAAAGUUCAACAGAAGUUACUACCAGGAGCAACACAGAUGAAACAACUACAAGUAUGCUGGAGAAUCACGAGAUGAACUGUCCACUUUCACACGAGGGCUUCUGUCUGAACGGAGGGAUUUGCACACAUUUUGCUGAGAUAGCAACAGUUUCAUGCAACUGUCCAAAGGGUUACGUGGGAGAGCGGUGUGGGUACAGUGACCUACAGUGGUGGGAACUGCGCCGUGUCGAGGAAGAGAAGAAGCGUAAUGUGGCUAUAACUGUCUGCGUGAUGUUGCUAAUCUGCCUGCUGUCAGUGGGAGCUUGUGUAACGUACUGCAUCAGGCAGCCGAAACCUUUGAAGAAGAGCCAUUAUCCCGAAGAAAUAAGUCAAGCGAGCAGCAGCAGCGUUGACAAUGCAACUGCAACAUCGACAAACAAUGAAGAACAGUCUUACACCGGAGUGGAAUCUAAUUGGAAGUUUCGAGACACAACCCUGGUCCGUAUUAUUGCAAUUGAAACUCAUGACUUUGCCACUGAAUCAGUGGAAUGUGCCAUACCUGCUGCAUGCCGGGAUGGAACUGGUUGUAAUUUAAGGGAGAUGGGAAGCCAAUGUUUCGACCAACAACUGCCGUACCAUCACGUGAAAGAGAUGACAACAUAUCCGAGCAGCCUUCCUCUCAAGAUACCAACUACCGCAAGAGACCAACUUUGGCAAGGGUCAGAGUGACCUCAUAGAACAAUGGACCUAGGACAUUUACUUCAGAAUUAACCAGUGAGGAUAGAGAGUCUUCCUGAAGUCAAAGAAUAAAUUUGUUGAUUGCAUUCAUGUUGGUAAAAUUAAAUCCAUGGAAUAUCAUCUUUAGGACUGUCCCAAUGUUUCUGCUGCAAUUAUUUUCCUGCAUUUACCACUGAGCCUGUCAAUUUAUACAGCCUUCUCAAUUUAUGAGCCUCUCAUCUGUUUUUGAACACUUUUAGGUAAAGUGCAUUUAUUCCACCAGAUGGCCACACUGUUGCUGAAAUUGUUCACUAUUGAACUGAAGUUCCAAGUAUAAUAAUUCAAAUGUUCCUGGGGACAAAGUGUGUGAACAAGGAGAUGGUUUGCUGUGCUACAGAGCAAUGGGGGUGGAGAUAAAAGUAGAAAAUGACAGAAACAUUCGACAGGUCAGACAGCAUCAGUGGAAAAAGAAGCCAAACCAUUGUUUCAGGUCAAAGACCCUGUGUCAGAAUGGGAUUGGGGAGAUUAGUCAACAUUAGCUUGUAAAAGUACUUGUGGUUGCCGCUACCUCAAAGAAAUAUCAUCCAUUGCAAUUCAAAUAUGUACAGAGAGGUGAUGACUGGAUACGUUGAAGUAAUCUUUCAUUUUGAUUGCUCGUUGUGGAGAUCGCUGCAUUACCACCAGUAGUUUGAAGAGUUGUGAAUCAGAUUCAGAUUCAGAUUCAAUUUUAAUUGUCAUUGUCAGUGUACAGUACAGAGACAACGAAAUGCAUUUAGCAUCUCCCUUGAAGAGCGACAUAGCAAACGAUUUGAAUAAAAAAUAAUAAGUGUCCGGGGGGGGGGGGGGGGUGGUGAUUGGCAGUCCUUAAGUAUAUCAAAACUUUAGGGCAACACUGUGGUGCAGCAGUAGAACGUCUGCCUCUCAGCGCCAGAGACCCGGGCGCUGAUUGGCAGUCACCGAGGUACGUUGUUGAGUAGAGUGACAGCCGCCGGAAAGAAGCUGUUCCUCGACCUGCUGGUUCGGCAACGGAGAGACCUGUAGCGCCUCCCGGAUGGUAGGAGGGUAAACAGUCCAUGGUUGGGGUGAGAGCAGUCCUUGGCGAUGCUGAGCGCCCUCCGCAGACAGCGCUUGCUUUGGACAGACUCAAUGGAGGGGAGCGUGGAACCGGUGAUGCGUUGGGCAAUUUUCACCACCCUCUGCAAUGAAUCGGGCUUAUCCCACCAGAGAUGAGUGUUCCUCACCGACAGUUUCCCUCUUUACACGAGUAAAAUCACAAAAGACCAAUUUUUGGUUUUAGUGAAGAUUUUUAUUCAAUGGCGUGAUCAGUGAACACAUGAUUCCACACUUACAAAUUGUAUAAUGGCUCAUUAUGGUUGUAUUGCUCGGUUAUAAAAGUCAAGUUUAUAGAUGGACUCUGAGCAGUGCUAUACGUUAGCUCAUGGUUUUAAUGCAGGCAGCAUUUUGAUAUUGUACUGUUUAUCGUGCUGAUCGGAACCACCACUGUCAUUCUGCAGUCAAGGAUAGAGGAGCCCUGUGCAAACAAGUUUAAGUACAGAGCUGCUGUGAAGAAGGAAGUAAAGUUUUAACAUUAACCACAAAAUGAAACAUGCCGGGCAAGAGUCCACUUGGGAUAUGCUGGAUAGGCCUCAAAGAGCUUUGCUGCUAUGAACAUUCAUAAUAAACUUUCUCAUUAAGGGGGAAGAUUUUUUUUCAAUGCAGCUUGUUAAAAGAUUAUAUCGCCUGGCAAACAAGUUUAAUGUUUAAGGUUACAUUGAGGAAAUUUUUCCAAGUGGACCUACAUCUAAAUUUAGUCUUUCAAACAGCUGAUGGCAACUGUCAUGGAAAUGACUGCAGCACUUUCGAAAGCAGAGGAUAACAUUAGACAGAUUCCUAACCUGGAUCAGGGCCCAAAAUUCUAUUCAGGGCCAUAAGUUCCAAUUGUUCUGACGGAUGGAUCUAUUAGCUUACACCAGUUUCCUUUCCUCUACUCUUGCAGGGCAUUUCCUUGGUGACAUGAAUUAUGUCACACUUUACUGAAAACGCGUAAAAACCCCCAAUGCCAAGAAAGUAAAAGUUCGAGAGUUCAAGAGGGUUUAUUUGUCGUUUGAAAUGACUACAUGCUGCAGCUUCACAGACAUUGGAUGUCACCACAAUAAUAAGAAAUAUGCAAUAAAUUAGCAGCUAUUCCAAGAAAACCAAAUUGUGAGACCAAAGUACGUAGAACUACAAUAUUAGUGCAAAGUUCAUAAUGGUUGGUGUUGAGACAUGGUUGUUGGUAGGAUCGUGCAGGAUGGUUCAAGAAACUAAUGACUGGUUUGAAGGAGUUGUUCUUGAUCCAGAAGGUAACAAUUCUCAGGCUCCUGUAACUUCUUCCUGAUGGUAGCACUGGGAAAAAAGCAUGGCUAUGAUCGUGUGGGUGUCUGAUGGUAUUAGCUGCCUUCUAGAGGCAGCACUACCAGUCAAAGCCUUUGAUGGUGGGGAGAUCAGUAUCCAUGUGUGUAGAGAUCAGUAUCGACGUCGUGCGC